AUGAACAAGGUGAAACGGCGUGAGGUGAAUUUGGCCGCCGGGUCUGAGGCAAAAGCCCCAUUUCUCCUGACAGGAGACUGAUUCACCUCUUUCCGCGGGAGGAGAGAGGAAAAAAGGCGGGGAAAUUUCGACGGCCCUCCUCCUCCUUCCUCGAGGGUUUGGCGCCCGGCCCUCUCUGGGGACAACUCCUCCUGAAGCUGAAGUGGAGGCCGCCUUUCCCUUUCGUUUUCCUCGCAGGGCCUACUCCCUUCGCGGCCAUGGAGAACGGGGCGCCGGUCUACGCCGACACCACCGUCCCCGCCGAGCAGCCGCCGGGGAAGGGCCCCCGCUGCACUGGCUGCACCGCCGACAACUUGGGAGCGAGGCGGCUGGCGCUGAAGGCCUCGCAGCUGGCCCUGUCCUUCCUAGCCUUCUUGUGUGAAGAAAUCGUGCAACAUUGCAGCAGUUGCGGUGGCCUUUACUUCUUUGAAUUUGUCAGCUGCAGUGCCUUCCUCUUGAACAUCCCGAUCCUGGUUACAUAUUGCACUUCUUUGUACGAGAGGACAGGGAAGGAGAAAGUAGCAACUGUGGAUUUCUUGAUUGUUUCAAUAGUGGCAGUCUUUUUCCUACUAGCUUCAAUUGUGUUUGCUGCAACCAACGAUAAAACACCCCCCGAAAGUGCUGCUAUUGUAUUUGGCUUUCUUGCAACGAUAACGUUUUGUGUGGACGCUGUUCUGAUGUAUCUGAAGAGACGUAAGGCAGAAGAAGAGAGAAAGACAGAAAACCCAGCCAAUACACUGAAUCCAACAGAGAAUCAGCCACUGAAUAACUAGAAAGUCUGAGGUCUAAACCACCCCUUAUUGUUAUUAUCCAAUCCCGAGUGAAGCUGAAAUGAUUCUGCCUUUUAAAGAGUGCCCAGAUAGUUAAAUUUUGUUUCAGUUUUCAACUCGCUGUCCUAAUCCUGCGUCUUUGCACAGUUCCCACACAUAAACAGUUCAAGAAUUGUGGGCUUCUUUUCCCCACACACACUCCCAAUAAGCACUCGAUUUUGUGCAAUUGCACACUCAUUUGUAUGUGACUGUACAUCACCAGUAUGCAAAGGAAACUUGUGAUAGGAUCGUGAAAUAAUUGGGUUUUGCUUCUUCCAGAAGAAAUUUUUUGACAAGUGAAAAAUGGUUCAAGUUCAGAAGAAAAUUAGUUUCAUAAGGAAAAGGCCCCAAUAAUGAAGGGAAUGGGAUGAGCUAAUAGCGGAAGAGAAAGGGACAGUGGGAAGUUUCCGCCCAGAUUAAUUGCAAAAGGGAUACAUGUCAUGAUUUUAUAUGGGGAAAACUAGAAAAUGGAGAAAUAAAAACAAAGACAGGAAAUUAGAUAUUGUGUGGCCUGUGGAGUAUCCUCAUGUGAAAAUCAGUAGGAAAUCGAUCAAUAGCUCUCUCGCUCUCUCUCACACACAAAAACCAGGAUGUGGUCCCAAUUCUUUACCUAGGAGAUUGUUUCCCCACUUAAAUCAUGUUCAUCUCCCUGCCCAUAAACUUGGGAUUUUUACUGGCAUUUUGAGAAUAAGGUUUUUAUAAUGUAGCCAGGGGCCUGCAACGUAGUCUUGCAGCAUAGUGUGUCCUCUAUUCAGGAUUACAGCUGUUUGAUUUGACUCCCACCCCCCAAUAGUUAAUCAGCAUUCUGACCCCAUUGGGGAGUGGCAUUCUCUACUGAAGGUUUUUCCCCUCUAAAUAUUUUUUAAUACAUGUGAAAAUCUUGGGAUUCCUUCAUGUUUGCUGGUGCCCUGGCAUGUGUGGGUGGUGUAUAUGAUUUUUCAUGAUAGUAAUAAUUGAUACUGUCCAUAUGGUCUUAUACCAUUUUGUAACAUAGCAGUACAUACAACUUAUUUUAUUUCUGUGUGUUUGUGUGUCUUCUAAGUCCAGGUUUAAAUUAUGUACAAUGCAGUAUGUAGACACCUGCAUUUGCUGUAUGUUCAGGACUCUGAAAGAGCUGUUACAAUUUUAAGAAGUAGACAAAGGGAAGCACUCAGCCAAGAGGAAACAACUUUAAAACUGUAACAAUCUGCCUGAAAGGAGAUUGUAUUAAUAUAAAAAGGGCUUGGCUGAUGUGUUGAGGAAGUAUAAAGAGCAACACUUGUCGCCUCCAAUCUUAUUCAUAAAACAUUUAAUAGUGCGAUGCUUUGGGGCUAUUUAUUUUGUGUAGUCAAUUGCAUGUGCAGCUUCUCCUGCUUAUGAAUGAAAUGUUGUAGGCUGUGGAAGACUUUGGGGUGGGGCGGGUGUGCUGUGGGUGACAGGAAGUUAACCUCAGCCUGAAAGCGAGAUGAGCGCUGCAUCCCAUAGUCACAUGACAGGACUUAACCGUCCAGGGGUCCUUUACCUUUUUACCAAUGAGAAGCCCACAAGCAGGAUCUGUGCAUAACAGAGCUCCUCUUCUGCUAUUUCCAGCAACUGGUAUACAGAUGCAUAAUGCUUCUGACAGUGGAGGGAGAACAUAACGGUCAGGGUUGGUAGCCAUUGAUAGCUCUAUCCUCCACAAUCUCUCAUGUGUUAAUUGGAAUUGUCUUUGAGCAAACAGUUACAGGCAACUGACCUCAAGCUUCAUUUGUCAAAUAUUCCCUUUCCCUUUCCCUUGAGGGGCUGGGAUGCAAUAAUGCAGUUUCCCUUGUAUAGUUCCCGGGUGCCCGAAACUAUGGGGUUUUUUUUGGGAAGAAUUGUGAAAGCUGUUAUAGGCUGCUUGUUUCUACUAAGCAUAUAAAGGGAGGCCAGGGCUGCAAUUCUGUACCCAGUUACCUGGGAGUAAACCCUACUGAACGCAGUGGAGCCUGCUUAUGAGUAAAUUUGCAUAGGAUUAUGCUGUGAAUUUCUGUUUGCUAUCAUGGUAGGUUUCUGCAAAACAGUGAAACAUGAGAUGCCCUAAUUGGCACCACCUCAAGCAAGCCAUACUGGUAAUCUUUCCACAUAGCUGGGCGAUGCCAGAAAAUGUGACAGCUUAGAGCCUCCUGCUUGUUCAGGCUGAAUUUGCAUAGAAGAAAAGGUACACAGCAGCGAUUGCUUAACAAUGUAGGUUUAGAAAUACUCACUUGCCUGGUUUUCCAUGGAGAGUAAUGAUCGCCUCAAAGUGAUCUGGCAGGAAAGCUCUUGUAGAUGGGAAGCUAGUUAGUGUCAUCCCCACCCCGCCCCCCAGCUUCAAGUUGUGAGUGUUAGAACUUUAAAAUAUCUGUGGAUAGAUGAACUGCUUAAAGAAUCCAGAUACUAUAUCAGACUUGCUGAAAUCUUGCUCAUGUGAAGGGAUCCAGUGGGUCUUAAUUUCAAGUAAAUCUGUUCAAGGUUGCACCGCCAGGCAACUUACUGUGGAGUCUCUGAAAAUACACUAGCUUAUUUCCAGUGUGUGUAAAGCUGUUUUGGGAUUAAAUAGGAAUUGCCAGGGGUUUUUUAUUACUGCACUUUCUGUUUCAAAAUCUCAUGCAGAUUUUGAUCGUACGGCCUCCUAAGUUUCCGUCCUUAAUGUGCCAUGUGCACACAAACACACUCCUUGGUGGCUCAAAGCAAUCAUACAUAACCCCCCCCCCCUCAAUUCAAUAAUCUCAUUUUUAUACCAAUAGUUCAGCGCCAUAAGACCAAAGCCUUUGAACAUAGGUAGUGAGUAACUUGUUGCAUAGAUUUCUGUAGGACUAAAGCAGAGGUAGCUAACUCAUGGGCUGUUUCCAGCCUCCCAAGCUGUCCUUUGUGAUCCCCCAGGAUCCACCAAAUUAAUCCUUUUAAAUUAAUUAUUUAAAAAUAAUAAAUAAAAAUUGAAUUCUCCUAUGGACCCACGUCUAUGACGCCAUGAUGUCAAAAGGUUUUUAAAUGGCCUCUAGACCCCUCCAAAACAUUUUCAUUAAAAAAAUUAAUCUUGGAUCAAUGCAGCCACCAGCUCCCCCCAAAUGUCAGCUGCCCCUCCCCUAAAGGAAGGCUGACUGUUUGGCUCCAACCCAUUGUAUUUGCAGUGUCCUACAGUAGAAGGGGCACAGGCUGAGAUCCAAACAACUACUUGUGGCACCGCCAAGAGCUUGAGCACACUUGGUGGGAUUUUUUUUUUUUACUUUCCCUGUUUCAUACAGCAGAUCCCCAUCAUUUCCCCAGGAGAUAAUGUCAGAAAGCCCCCUCAGUUUCAGAAGUGGUUUCCCACAUGCCAUGGAGAUCCACUCUUUGGAUAAGCUUAAAGGUGCCUAGGGCACCCAGAAAGGUGCUGUUCUUUGGAUCUCAGCCCCUGUAUAAUCACAUGCAUUCCAUCCAUAAUACAGGAAAGGUUUUGAAGAAUGGCCCACUGUGAAGAUGGGAAGAUACUCAGCGGUUUUGAAAAAUCAUUUAUAAUGGGUGUGUUUUUUUAAAAAAAUGUAGGCUAGGCGCAAACUUUUCUAAUAGCAUAUGCUUCGUGAAAAAGGUUUGGGUGAUUUUGAACUGUGAAAUAUAGCAUUGUCUUAACUUUGGAAAUGUGUAAUGACAAACCACUGUUUGCCUAAACCAGGCAUCCCCAAACUUCGGCCCUCCAGAUGUUUUGGACUACAAUUCCCAUCUUCCCCGACCACCGGUCCUGUUAGCUAGGGAUCAUGGGAAUUGUAGGCCAAAACAUCUGGAGGGCCGGAGUUUGGGGAUGCCUGGCCUAAACUGUUACGUACUGUAUAAACUCCUAUUGUAAACUGUAUGCUAUGUCAACUUUUUUACAUUCUCUAUUGUAGCCUGGCCUUUUUACUACCUAUUUUUUAUCUUCAUUGGAAUCACUUGAUUACGAAAUAAUUAUGUUUUUAUUAAAAGUUGUAGAAAGCA